UGUCUCUCCAGCCCUGUCAUCCACUGUUUCUAAUGAGCUGCCAGCUGCCAGAGCUCCGACCUCACGCUAGCUUGUGGCUUCUUUGCUGUGAAGUAAAGAGGACAGAAAAUGAAGACAAAGAGAAGGACAGCCCGAGCCACGUGCAGUGUGCAGGGGACAGAAGCUCAGCAGCCGAGGGCUUGGCUACUCCCCUGACCAUACAUGGCACGGCAAGGGCUUUCCUGGGACUUUCUAACCCUGCCUCUCCGGCAUUCCUGGCCGGUGUCCUACACAUGGGCGACACUGGCCGGCAGCAGCAGUGACAGAGAAGCUUGCAAGGGAGCCUGUUAGAGAUGAGUUUCUCACUGAAUUUCACACUGCCAGUGAAUACGACUUCCUCUCCACUUGCCACGAGUGCCAAAGCCAAUGACUGUGGUCCCUCUAUUGGACUAGCAGCUGGAAUCCCAUCCCUGCUGGCCACAGCCCUGCUGGUGGCCUUGCUGUUUACUUUGAUUCAGCGAAGAAGAAGCAUCGAUGAGCCCGUUGAGGAAAGUGAGAGACCAUGUGAAAUUUCAGAACUCUACGACAAUCCCAAGAUAUCCGAGAAUCCUAGGCGGUCACCCACACAUGAAAUGGACCCACGAGGUGCCGAAGGCCACAUAUAUGUGACGACAGUCUCUGGACAUGAGGAGCCCCUGCCUGACACCUACCGUCCUCCUGAAGAAACAGAGAGAAGGAGAGGGCUGUGGUGGCUUGUGCCAAGACUGAGCCUAGAAUGAUGUAGCUUUGACAGCUGACUCAGGCUGAACAGGGCUGGCAACCCCAGGAUCUGUGCUUGGGAACCGUGCUUAGAGAGGCAAGGAGCCAGCUGCCUCCCAUCCCGAAAACAUUUCAUUUAUAGACCUGGGGUGUGUCUGGGUUGCUUCUCCUCAUUAGGGGAUGCUGCAGCAAGGUCCAUCCAACCUCGGACCCGGCAGUUUAGUCAUCAGAGCAGCCCAGGUGAGUUGCUCUGCAUUCAGAUGAGCCCACUUGGUCUUCUUUCUUAAUCUAGAGAUGUUUGCUUUGUGGUAAAUUGGCGUGGCUUCUGAGUGUCCUGCCUUCUCCUCUGUCUGCUCCAUCUCUCAUCCUAAAACAAUAAAUAAACAAGGCUACAGGAGUUGGCUUUUCUGGGUGCGUUGGUUAAAGCCAGCUUGACACAAGUUAGGACAUGAGUGACACAGAAGACUUGUGAAAGAAGCCAUUUCUUCCUUCUUACUAUCUCAGGGUAAAGCUCACACAGAGCCACCCAGCCCCGACACAGGGAGGCAUGUGGCUAGACCAUGUCACACAGCAGAGAAGGGGAGAGGGACAUCUGAGUCAGACCUGCCACUGAGCAGCUGUGAGCAUUCUGGCGACGUCACCUACAUUUCCCAAGAUUCUUUCACGUUUUAUAAAAUGUCCUUCAUUUGAGCACUGGAAAAAUAACAAAAGAAAUAAAGGAAAGUGUUUCCACUUAGUAGACACGAGACAUAUUCAUUCCCACUCCUCCCCCGUUCUUCCCACCUCUUCCUUGCCCUUGUCUGAUCAAGUCAAACGACUGUUGUACAGCUUUUGUCACCCAUAGUCACAAAAUCAACAAGGAAAAAUCGAUUUCAAACUUUCUCCAUGGCCUGCAAUCCAAUUGUUGGCAUUUAAAAAUAACUCUGGUUGUCACUAGCAGUCUACUCACUUGAACUUUGGACAUCAUUUGUCCUUGUGUGUCAACCAAGUUUAAAUUCCAAGUACAGAGACCUGCGUUACACAUUAAUCUUCAGGAUAUCGACGUCUUUGAUGGUUCAUCUUCAUUGUCAGCUUGUGGGACUUAGAAUCACCAUGGAAACACACCUCCAGAAAGAUUUAACUGAACAAGAAGAUCUGACAAAUGUGAGAAGCACCAUUCCAUUGCCUGGGUUUCUGGAUUGAAUAGAAGGCACUUCAAGUUGAGCACACAGAGUUCAUCACCCUCUGCUUCCUGACUACAGAUAAAACGUGUGACCAGCUGUUGCAUGAUCCUGCCGCCAUGCCUUCUCGGCUAUGAUGGACUGCACCCCAAAUUGUGAGCCAAAAUAAACCUUCCCACCCUCAAGUUGGUUUUAAUCAUGGCAAUGAGAAGUACCUAAUAUGAAGCUGAUGUUCAUGUUUUAGUGACUUUCUUUGCAAUGAGGCAUUUUGUUUAGUAUCAUAAAGAAAAGAUGUUUGUGAGGGAGAGAGAUAAGGAGGACCAACGAUGAACACAGGAACAAAGGGAUGGGUUAGUGUGGUAGCCACACCUCUCCAGCUUGUGGCACAGGCCUUUGCUUUGACUUCCCCACUUGCUUCCAGGUGGUCACAGCUCCUUCUGAUGCAUGGCCACUGCCUUGGACAGGCCAUGCUUCACAAUGGGAGAGGUGAGGUCCAGGGCAUCUCGGGGAACAUCUGCAAUCUUCAUGAGCCACCUUGAUAUCCCCGGGAGCCAUCUUUUCCCACACGGGGCCUCUGGAUGUUCAGAAGUGAUCCUAUUUCUUGAACAAAGGGAAUGGUUCUGUAAACCCAGUGACCACCACCCAGUAACAACUGCCUUUCAAAGCCCAUCUGAAAUUAAGAAAAAUAACUGUGUUUCAUGCGCCCAGAUCCUUAGAUAAGCUCAUUUGGGCACCUUCAAGCAGCCGUGCCCAGGGAUGCUGCACAUCAACUUCUCUUACCGGGUGGGGAGGGACCUUGGACUCCCUGAGACCCUGAUCUGACUGUGGCCUGUGGCUUCCACAAAUAUAGGUGUCAGCUCCAGCCCAGAACGUUGGUCACCUAGAGCCUCAGUUCUGUGCUUAUAAAACUGACCCUAGAGGGCACCCGUGGAGCCUGAUUGCAAUACACAUAUCACAUGGGGGAGGCGUGGUCCUGCCUCUGCUUGGUAAGCCAGGCUUUGUUGACUCCCGCUCUGAGGAGUCUAGGGUGGGUUGGAAGUGGCGGAGGUGGGGGGCGUGGGAGAAGGGGCAGGAGGGGGAGCUGGGGUUGGUAUGUAAAAUCAAAAAUAUUUUUUCUCUGAAAAUUUUUUAAUCAUUUCCCUUGGAAGCAGUAUCAGGCAAAGUAGAAAUAAAAAAGAAUUGUUAAAUAUGAAAGUCAAUUAAACUGAAAGUGGGUGGGGACAGCCUUAGCUCAUUCCUGAUUUUAAUGGAAUCACUUCAAGAUCAAAACUAAAUUUUUUAAAUAAAUAAAAAAAGAAAUACACAUAUCAGUAAGCCUUGUAAUUGAUUAAAUGAGGUAUGACCGUGUUUUAGAUAAUUUAUUUUAAUUCUACUUACAAUCAAUUGCUUAGAACCUUUAUUUCAAAUUGUUUUCACUAAAAUUGCAAGAUUCUGUAUUUCUGUUGGUACAAAAGCUUAUUUUGUAAUCAGCUGAAAAAUAAAUGGCAGUUUGAUGAACCUA